UCAGGAGGAGGGCCUGUUAGGAACCCUGCACUGCCCUAGGAUUGUUCGGGGCAGGAUUAAAGCCGUGCCCCACAGCCGGAGCCGAAAGGCAGCCGUCUGGAAUGGGAGCCAAUUUGGAGAUGCUGCCAGAGGAGAAAAAGGAGAGCAGGAGCUGAUUCUAUGCAGAUUCACAGUCUCCUCCUCAGUGGCUGCAGGACAACAUAGCAAGAGAAGAUGGCUCAGCCUGCGCACCUGAACCGAAAUCUCCCAGGUAAUGAGACAUCUGCAGACCUGGGUGGCCCCUUCUUGUAUCGUGAUCAGGACCAAGAUGGAGAAAAGGCCUCUUACUCCUUGGAGACCCCCUAUGGUUUCCAGUUGGACCUAGACUUCCUCAAGUAUGUGGAUGAUAUCGAGCGUGGCCAAACCCUCCGGAAGCUGCCGCUGCACCGGAAAGCCAAAGGGACCAAGCAGUCACUGAGCUCUUCCCGUAGCCAGCCAGGAGGCUGGACUUCCACGGAGUCGCUUUCAUCGACAACUAGCGAGGAUGGAAAACCUAUCUUUUCCCCACGGCCCAAAAUGUGGGCUGUUUCCUUGGAAAGCAAAGAACUGGUGAACAAACAGAGCUCUCUCCCUGUGUCUCCAACUCCCAUCAUCCAUCUUCUCCCACCUCCUUCUCCCAAAAACCUGAUGAGAAACGCACGGGUGGAGAAAACCUUACUAGAGACCAGUAAGAGGUUGGAAGAAGAACAGCUCAACUUACUGGAGGGAGGAACCUCUUCAGCCGCUAAGAGGCCUAGCAGUCCUUCUAAAGUCACAUUCCCCCAGAAUUGCUCGCCCUCCUCCAUCCCUCUAGGAGAAAGCCUAGCCAACGCAGUGGGCUUUGGAAGAAUCAGUCCCUCCAAUUCAGGCAAGAGCACGCCAGCCACAGCGGUAAGCCCCAUGCACCUUCAUCACGUGCGUGAGCAGAUGGCUGCUGCCCUCAAGCAACUGAAGGAGCUUGAAGAGCAAGUGAAGACUAUCCCAGUUCUGGAAAUGAAGAUUUGCAAGUUGAAGAGGGAGAAGGAAGAGUUGGUGGCUGGCUUAUGGGAGAAGUUGGAGCCAGAUACGGGCAGGGAGUGUGUCUUCAACUUCCCUCCAAGAUCCCCCAACAUGAGUACCACCAGUGUGAGUGAAGAGGGAUUUCAAAGCAGCCUUGAAAUUCCCACUGAGGUAGACCAUGAACCUGACUCUUCAAAAGCAAGACAGAGUAAAAUUGUGGAGUUGAAGAAACUGACGGAGAAGCUGUCAAGUUCAGAUAGGGUUGCAAAGGUGGGCAAAGGAGCAGCACGUUCUUCAAAAAACGAACAACACAUGAGUAAAUCUAUUGCUGUUGGGGAAGAGAUCAACAUGAAUGAGGCUGUUUUCUACUACCGGUGUCAGAAGCCAUGCCAAGAGGUGGCUGUUGGGCGAGAAAUCGAGACCAAAGACGCAGAGGUGUGGGUAAUGGAGUCCUUGCUCGGUGUCUCUUCCGAGGCAGAGAAGGAGAUCCAGCUCCUUCAACAGACUGUCCAGCAUCAAAGAGAAGUCAUUGCUAUGUUGGAGGGACACCUGAAAGAGGCUGCCGAGGAACUAGAGGAGUUGCGGGUGGAGGUUUGCUCAAGAAUUCCGAAGAACCUGAUCAGUAAGGAGACCAUGGCCCAACCGGAGAUGGUGGAAGCAUGCACCGAGGCUGUUCCAACAAUGCAAUGCCAGGCUGUAGAUGGCCAUGUCCAAAUGGCAGACAAGGGUGUCCUCUGCUCUCCACAAGUGGUGAGUGUAGGAGUUGGCUGUGACUUCCCGUGGCAAGAUCACGCCCCUGUCCAGUGUGGAGCUAAAGCCACACAAGUCAAACUAGAGAUGGAAAGCAAAGGUGCAAAGAAGAUCGACUCCACUGCUGCAAAGCUGGAUCUGAGCACAGCUGGAGAUGCAUCAAGAGUAAAAGAUGCAGAAGUCAGAAAACGGGCAGUUAUUAAGGAGAGCAAUUGCACCAAAGUAUCUCUGGUGGCACAGACUCCAAGGAAACAUCCAGAAUCACGUUUGCUCCUGCAAUCCACAGCAAAGGAAGAGGCGAGUGUGACAAGGGAGUGUGCAACGAGUCCUGUGGGGAGCACAGGAACCCUCAAAUCCAUCAUGAAGAAGCGGGACGGCCCUUCCAGGACGGAUGCUGGGAGUGGAAGAAAGAGCCUGCAGUUUGUGGGGGUUCUGAAUGGCGAGUAUGAGAGCACGUCCAGUGAAGAGGAAGAGGGGCAGGGGAGGCCCCCCAGGAAGAGCCCUCCCCUCAGCUCUGACAGUGACAUGGCUGGCAGCACCGGCAGCUCUGACGAGGACUUGGUCGCCACUCUGGAGUGCAGUGACAGUGACGCCGAGAGUCCCGUUCUGAGGGUGAUGCAGAAUGAGGGAAAACUAGGCUGUGAGCAAGAGGGAGCCGAUGAAGAGGAUGAUGCAGAGUUGGCCCUUCCAGAAGUGAAAGAGAAGUUUGAGCUGAGUCCGCGGAUGAGAGAGGCCUGCCUGGUCGUUCGGAGCCACCUUGGCCAUGGCGGAGCUGCCUCGAAGAGCAAAGAGAUGCUCUCUAGCUCCAGCCUCGUCCUACAGGAAUGGUUCCGUGUCUCCAGCCAGAAGUCCUCUGUGGCAAGCGAAGUGGCUGAGCACCUCCUGGCCUUUUCCGAAAUCUCACCGGCCCUGGUGGCCCAUGUUGUCAAUCUCUCGGAUGGCAAUGGCAACACAGCCCUCCACUACAGUGUCUCUCAUUCCAAUUUUGACAUUGUCCAGCUUCUGCUGGACACAGGGGCCUGUAAUGUCAACCACCAGAAUAAAGCCGGCUACACGGCUCUCAUGUUGGCUGCGCUGGCGGCUGUGGAACAAGAAGAUGACAUGGCUGUUGUCCGGAGACUCUUUGGAAUGGGGAAUGUCAAUGCCAAAGCCAGCCAAGCCGGCCAAACAGCCUUGAUGCUUGCAGUCAGCCACGGAAGGCAGGAGAUGGUGGAGGCCCUGCUGGAUUGUGGGGCAGACAUUAACCUUCAGGAUGAAGAGGGCUCCACGGCACUCAUGUGUGCCUGUGAGCAUGGGCGGGCAGGGACCGUUAGACUCCUCUUGUCUCAGCCUGCCUGUGAUGUUUCCAUCGUGGAUAAUGAUGGCAAUGAUGCUGUUUCCAUCGCACUGGAGGCUAGCCAUCGUGACAUCGCGGCGUUGAUAUCCAGCCACCUUACGCAACUGGCAACACCAUCUCCAGAUGCAAAGAUCCUCAGCAGUGAGAGGAGCCAGCUCUAGAACCCAGAUUCAAUGUGGGCCCAAUCCACCAGCCAAAAAGCUACACUUCCUGUUAAAGACGGUGCACAGCCCAGGGCAUGGGUGUUGAUGUCCAGAUGAACCCUUUUGUGGGAGAGAAUAGAUCCCAUUCCCAGUGCCACAACUGAACUUAGCAGUUGCCUUCCCCUAGAGCAGGGCUGCACAACUUGGGCUCUCCAGCUGUUCUUGUACUACAACUCCCAUAAACCCCAGCCACAGUGGCCAAGACAGGAAUGAUGGCAGGUGUCAUCCAAUGAAGUUGUGCAGCCCUACCCUAGUCCUCACAGAAGUGGUUAACCUGUCAUUAGUUACCCUGUAUGACUUCAGUCUCACUUUCCCCCCUUGCACAUAGUAAACUAGCAAACGCUAGAAGUUUCCUAUUAUUGUGCCAGGACACCCACUCAUGCAAGUUUUUCCAUCUGCAGUCUGAAGUGACAGGCUGGACUCUCAAAUCACCCACUUCACUGAGGAUUAGACAUACCCCCAUGUAUGCCAAAGCCCUGGAUAAGGGCUUUGGGGCAUAACCCCUUAUCCAUGCUACACUCCCUUUGCUUCUUCCUCCGGUUUCCUUAACAUUACCUUGCCCACAUCUUUCAGUGAGAGCAGGUGGGUGGGACUCCACUCAGAAGGGAUCUCAACUCUGAUCUCUGCACCAGCCAAUUCACUCCAAUAGAAGAACCACUCAAGGGAAUCCAGCACAGGAGACCGUGCACAAAGCGACUUCUUUCUUACAAUAUGAUCUCACCCUAAUAAAGAGCCAUAUCUCUUUA